GCGGGUUCGAGUCCCAGUGUCAGCUGCCAUGGCGGACGCGGAGCCCGAGGCUGAGGACGGCAGCGAGGAUGGUGGCGGCGGCGGCCGGGCUCCCCCCGACCAGGGCGGCACCGCCGCGCGCGUGGCCCCGCUGGGCCCCGAGCAGCUGCGGCAGGUCCUGGAGCAGGUGACGAAGGCGCAGCCGCCCGCCGAGCCGCCGCCGCCGCCCUUCGUGCUGCAGGACGCGGCGCGGCGGCUACGGGACGCGGCGCAGCAGGCCGCCUUGCAGCGGGUCCCCGGCGCCGAGCCCCCCCGCCCGCCGCGCCUGCUGCCGCCCCAGCAACUGGAAGCCAUUUGUGUCAAGGUCACAUCUGCAGAAAUGAAAGAUCAGGAAAGGCCAAUGCCCCCACUGCCCACCAUCCAGCCCAAGCCAGCCCUGAGCCAGCUGCCCGCCAGGACUUCCAGGGUGCUGGGGCCCCGGCCGCAGCCCCUCCUGAGCACCGGGCCCCGGCCGCGCUUCCUGAGCAGCUCACUUCCCGUUCAGCUGUCGGCGCAGGGGCCCCUGCCGGCCCUCCAGCCCCUGGCUGCCAAGGGACCAGGUGCCACACCGGCCCCUUCGCCGGCCCCUGACCCACCGGCGCCCGCGUCUGUGUCACCCAGCCCAGCGAAUUUCUUUCUUUCCGGCUUGCACACAAAACACACCAAGAAACUCAAAAAGUCCUUAAAAGUGAAAACACGUUCUGGGCGGAUAUCUCGACCUCCCAAGUAUAAAGCUAAAGAUUAUAAAUUCAUAAAAACGGAGGAUUUGGCUGACGGGCACCUGUCCGAUUCUGACGACUAUUCCGAACUGAGUGUGGAAGACGACGAGGAGCAGAGGGAAAAACAGAUGCUCUUCGACUUGUCCGGCUGCUCCCUUAGGCCCAGGACUUUCAAGUGUCAGACGUGUGAGAAGUCCUACAUCGGGAAGGGGGGCCUGGCCCGGCAUCUUAAACUGAACCCAAGCCACGGCCGGUUGGAGCCUGAGGUGUUGCUGUCUGAGAAAGCCAACGGGAGCGUGACUCGAGGCAGGACCGCUGCCCUGACGUCACCGGAGCCGUCCACACCAGCCCUUCGAAGCGGGGAAGGGGCCCAGUCGCCAGGGGCUGGCCCGCAGAAUAGCCAGUCUCUAGAAGUUGAAGAGGCCUUGGUGUCUGAACCAGAAAACGGAAGUUACUCAGCCCUUUUGGGAUCCGAGAGACACCCAGACCCCAGAAGUGACUCGUCCGUGGCCCUGACAGAGGCCAGCACAGCCGUCGUUGGGCGAAUCGGAGCAGCUAACCCAGCCAGGGGUGCCCGUGCAGCAGGGGUGCAGAGCGCUUCGAGAGCCCGAGCCGGGCUCAAGGAGUUUCUGCACCAGUGUGACCGGGACGCGCUGGUAGAGUUGGCGCUGCCUCAGCUGGCCCAGGUCGUGAGCGUGUACGAGUUUCUGCUGAUGAAGGUUGAAACAGGUCAUCUAGCAAAACCUUUGUUCCCAGCUGUGUAUAAGGAAUUUGAAGAGUUGCAUAAAAUGGUUAAGAAGAUGUGUCAAGACUACCUCAGUGGUGCUGGUCUUUGUUCCCGGGAGCCUCUGGAAAUAAGCAACAGUAAGGUGGCCGAGUCUUUGGGACUCACCGAGUUCCUGAGGAAACAAGAGGCACACACGCGGUGCGGGGAGCCGGGCCCGGCUGAAGCGGAGGAUGCCCGCCAGCAGAAGCGGGGACACGAGACUGCAGAGGAGGGACUGGCCUGGGCGAAGAGGACCAGAAGAGAAGCCCCGGCCCCGGCCAGCCCAGAGCCUCCUGACGACCGCGGAGGCCCGCAAAAGCCCCCCACCUGCGCCCCGGCCGCCAGCGAGGGUUGUGCCCCUUACGUAAGUGGGAACGGCUGUUACGACUCAGCAGAAAGCCACACGACACUGGUUUCCAAGAGUGACAGAAGCGUGUUGCCUGCAGACCAGCAGCUCAAAGCCCUUGCUGACUUAGAGGCCAAGAGUGGGUCUGCAGCUCCUGCUCUCUCGUAUCAGCACGUCAGCGGGCCGAGUCUUUGUCCUCCAUUAGAAGAGCCCAAGACUCAGACGCAGGGACAGGUGGCAGCAUUCCCUGAGGAUAAUGUUCCGGAACACUCUGUAGCCUGGAAGGUGGGGGACAGCCUCAGGCCCCGGGCUCUCUGCGGCACCUUGACGUCCACUGGAGGGGCACACUCCCUGCCACCUUCUGGGUCUGGAAGCCUCGAGAUGCAGGACUCCCCCCAGAGAGGCCAGCGGUCCAGCUCUAGCCACGUCCUGCUUAUGGAGGACACAGGCCCUCCGCCGGCGAGGGUUCUGUCUGUGGACACGGUGCCGGCUGACUGUGCCCACAGGACCGUGUGGGAGCAGGGGCUGGGCCAGGCGGGGUCACCGGCCUCUGACGGGGGUCAGGGAAGCCAGGCAGGGGAUUUGCACCCCUUCCCCUGCGGGCCCGAGGCCUGUACUGACCAGCGAGGACUGGAGAGUAUUAUUGCUGUGGGUGAAGCUGUGGCUUUUGAAAUUACCCACGGGUGCCACGAGUUGUUGUCUCAGGGACAAGAACCGCUAUUUAUUCAGAGCUCUGAUGGGCUGAUCUUGUCCCAUCCGGGUUCCCUAGAGUCUGGGGAGGAGGACCUCAUCCUGGUGGCUGGUGCAGAUGGGCCUGCCCUGCACACGGGCCCCCGGGAAGGGGCUCCCCCAGAAGGCACAGAGGCAGAGGCCGCACAGUGAAGUCGGACUGUGGUCCGGACAUGCGGGUAUUUUAGCUGGAGAAGGUCUACUUGAAGUAAUGUAUAUUUUUCUAUUGUGAAUACAGAUGCAAAUGAAAGUCUUAUUUAUAAAGAUAAUGUCUUUCUACUUGA